CAAGGAUGUUCCGUGUAGCAACUCUCCGCUUGACGCGUCAAGCGUUCCCCAAGGCCACCGUCGCCGCCGCGACCUCGGCCCUCUCAGCAAAUGCGAUUGUCAAGUCCGUGGCAUCGUUUGCACCUCGCUUCGUCCUUCCCGCCGCCUUCACCAUGCCCACGAUGUCGAUGGCUCGCUUUUUCUCGACCGAGGCGGCCCCUGUGUCGACGGUCUGGAUCGGCGGCUUGCCCUUCGAGACCGAAGAAUCCGACAUUCGCGACUUGUUUGAAAAGUAUGGUGAAAUCACCCGUAUCACCAUGACCAAGCGCCGCGACGGCCGCUUCCAAGGCACGGCGUUUGUAGAAUACGCCGAACCGGCGGAAGCCAAGGCCGCCCUCGAACUCGACGGCGAAUCCUGCGGCUCUCGCUACAUUAAGGUGUCGUACGCACUUCCCCGCGUGGUCAAGACCACCGAACGUCCCGUGGACUGCUCGGCCGUGCGAUUCUCCAACAUCCCUUACGACCUGAACGAAGAAAGCAUCCGCUCCAUGUUUGAACAUUGCGGUGAAAUUUCCAGCGUGCACUUCCCCAAGGACCGCGAAACCGGCCGCCCGUUGGGCUACGGGUUCGUUGAGUUCGUGGACCCCACCAGCUGCGACAAGGCGUUGGACGUGUCCGGCGCCGAAGCGUUCGGUCGCCGCAUCAACGUCGAGUACUCCCUGCGCGCCAAGCGCACCCCUCAUGCGACUCACAAGCCCGAAGGCUGCAAGGCCGUGUUCGUGGCCAACUUGUCCGAAGAAGUGAACAGCGGCAUGUUGCAAGACCUGUUCGAAGACUGUGGCGAAAUCGAACGCAUCCACAUCGCUGUGGACCGUGAAACUGGUGAGCCCCGAGGAUUUGGUUACGUGAACUUUGCGCACACCGACUCGGUGGACAACGCGAUCAAGCUGUCCGGCGCCGACGUCGAAGGCCAAAACAUCCGCGUCACGUUUGUCCGUGAACGCGAAGAGCGCCGCCCCUCGUACAACAACGACGGCAACGACCGCCGUGAACGCCACCACAACCGCUCCAGCGGCGAACGCGGGUAUGGCGGCCGCGCCAAGCGAGGUGGUCGUGACGAAGGCCGCAACGACCGUCGUCGCAACUACGACAACAGUGAUUACUAGGUUAUAGGUGAAUAGAGACAUCAUAGUCUUAUAUACGUUACGACAGCUUUGGCUUGUGCACA